CCACCUGCUUCAACACUACUGUCCAAUCUUGCCAUGGACUAAUUAUUUAAAUUCAUAGUUUAAAUAUUUUCUUUAUAUAGCCUCUAUAUCAUCCGCUUACUGUUCCAAUGAAAUCUUAACGGUUAUAGACUGGUAAUGUUUUUUUAAUUUUUUUAUGUGACAGGUUCUUUGAAAUAGUAGCGUACCUCUUGUCUCUUUUAUGGUGUGUCAUAAAAGGGUGUAUCUCAAGUCUCUAACCUAGUCUUCAUGGCCUGUCCACCUGCACCCUCAUACGGGGGGGGGUUAGGUCAUGUGUGUUUCUCUGGGGCUUCGAGGCUCGAUGGAAUAUUGAUGAGGAAUGUGACGCGGGAGGUCGAACACAAAGUAGCCUACAAAACCCCCGAACAGAUUUCACGAUUUCCAGUACAAAGUGGGUUGCGCAUUCAGAUGUUUUAUACGACUUUUGGUUAAUUCUGACAUAUGUCAGCAGUUUGGAAGUAAGCGUUGAACGCUGGCAGGGAAGAAUGUGAAGCGAUCGAAUUUUUGGUCAACAUCUCUCAACUCGCCUGCAUUGAACCAGAGAGGAUGCGGCGGCGCUUCAGACACACCUGUUCGACAGUCACCACAUAAUGGCUUGUCGGAGUGGCUGCUGCAGCAGCUUUGGUCCACUGAAUGAAGACAAUGCAAGGUUUCUUCUGUUGGCACUGUUAAUAGUUCUUUAUCUUUUGUGUGGCGCCGCUGUCUUUUCAGCGCUGGAGCAUCCGAAAGAGAAACUGGCAAAGGAGCGAUGGGCGCAACGGUUUGAGCACUUCAGCCAAAAGUACAAUCUAAGUAAGAGGGACCUGGACAACUUCCUAAGGAACUAUGAGGAGGCAAAUAUUGCAGGUAUCCGGGUGGACCUCACUCGACCACGGUGGGAUUUCACCGGUGCAUUCUACUUCGUCUGUACAGUGGUGUCAACGAUAGGGUUUGGAAUGACAACACCUGCCACCAUUGGAGGAAAGGUAUUCCUCAUCUUUUACGGACUCAUAGGUUGUGCAGCCUCCAUUUUGUUCUUCAACCUUUUCCUGGAGCGUGUCAUCACUGUGAUUGCCUUCGUCCUGAAGUUCUGCCACGAGUGCCGCCACCGCCGCAAAGCUGUGCUCCCCCAGAACGAGCGCCCGCCCGAUGCCUUCAGCCGCCGUGGCCGCAACCUGGACAGCAUGGCUGGAUGGAAGCCCUCGGUGUACUGCGUCAUGCUCAUCCUGGGUGCAGCGGCCAUUUUGGUGUCCUGCUGUGCCUCCGCCAUGUACUCAUCCGUAGAGGGCUGGGGCUACCUGGACGCUGUGUACUUCUGCUUCGUGGCGUUCAGCACCAUCGGUUUCGGGGACAUGGUGAGCGGCCAGCGGGAGGCCUACGAGGCGCAGGGCGCCUACCGGCUAGGCAACUUCCUCUGCAUCCUCACGGGCGUGUGCUGCAUCUACUCGCUCUUCAACGUCAUCUCCAUUGUCAUCAAGCAGGUGCUCAACUGGCUAAUGCAGAGGCUGGAACUGCUGUGCAGAUGCUGCCCGACUGCCAGGGGUGCCCAGAACCCGCGGCGGAAUGCAGUGGCACCGGGACGUGGCCCCCACCACGGCCGCCGCAACCCCUCCAUCGAGACGGACGCCGUGAACGAGAGCGAGGCAGAUGGCCGGCGUAUGUCUGGGGAGAUGAUCUCCAUGAGGGACUUCCUGGCCGCCAACAAGGUCAACCUGGCCAUCAUGCAGAAGCAGCUGUCUGAGAUGGCCAACGGGCAUCCUAGACAGUCGGGGUCAGGCUCGCGGCACAAUGGCUUCUCUGGAGGGGUCGGUGCACUUGGGAUCAUGAACAACCGCCUUGCAGAAACAAGUGCGGACAGGUAAACAGGAAUAUAUGUGAAAGACAGAAUGAGAACAACAUGACCUAUUUGGGUUGAUGCAUCGACCCACGA